AUGAAGAAACCACUCCCGCCACCGAAACAAAGUUUCUCCGGCGGAGAAAAGAAAGUGUGGUUGAGAGAAGAGAGAGUGAUUGGUGUGAAAUUAGCGAAAUACGAGGAACGAGAGAGCUAUAUAACGUUUGUGUUUGUUUCAAACUUUCAACUUUCAAUGGUGUGGUAUAAAUGUGAGGUGAUGCUAGAAUUAUGCCAUGGAAUUCUUUUUGAGCUUAGUAGUGUUCUGUUGAUGAGUUGUUCAAUCAUUUGUGGCACUUUGUUUUGCUCUUGUGUCCUUUCGGUUUUGCGUAUUUGCAUGAUUUGUUCGGGUGGUUUCGUCGUUGAUGUGGCGCUGUACUUACCUCUUCUUCCUCAAAAUCAUUGGAAGACAUCCACCGCUGAUAACUUCUUCGUCUUCCACGAAAACUCAUCGUCUUCGUCUUCCUUACAGUGGUGCCGUACUCACCUCUUCUUCCUCAAAAUCGUUGGAAGACAUCCACCGCCGAUAACGCCGCCGCCAUGCUCCGAUCUUCAUAUCACUUGGUUCGUCUAUUCAAGCUUCCACAGUAACGCAACUUCACCAUUCAAUAUCAUCUCAGAUUUGAAUCUUGUCCUUCUUCAAGCUCCUUCUCAACACAACUCUCAACUUCAAGCCCCAAAGCUUCAUCUUUAG